GGUGGAAUCUUUUGGCAUGUGAGCACCUUGAAAGUCCACAAUGUUUUCAAGGCCUGCAGCCAAAGAUACUGAAAAUGAUCUACUUAUGCUGCAAGAGAAAUUUGUUACAGGUCGUUUGAACCCUGCAGCAGCCGUUGUUCGGUCGAACACAAGCGAGGAAUCUCGGUCACUAGGGGAAAAGAGAGACGCACCAUGCGACGUACAAGUUACAAGAGACGUCGUCACGUUACAGGGUCUUCCAGCAGGACAACCAUCCAGCAGAUUAGACUCUGGAUUCCCACCAAAGAAGAAAUCAAGAUUCAAAACAAGACAUCAAGAGACCUUUAAGAACAAAAGGCAACAUGGCGAAGAGGAAAUGGACUGUGAAGAACUUCUUGACAGUGAGUUUUAUUAUUAAGUAAUAAGAGCAAAUUUGUGGCAAUUAUGUUAGCAGAGCUUGGAUAAAGCUUG